AUGGAAGAAGGAACUUCUUCUACCACGGUGCCUCUAGAGCCUCCACCACUCCCUUAUUCACUGCAUACCAGAAAGAAAUCUAUCGCCAUCUUUUGGGCGAUUUUUCUGCUCGAUACAUUGGCCCAACCUCUGGUGCUCUACUGGGCCCUCUGGUACGCCACGGAUUUGUCGCACAAUGUGGUCUUCUCCAUCGUCACUGCGUCCCUCGGGGGUGUCUCCGUCUUCGAGUACUUCUACCGUCUCUAUCACUUGAUUCGAAAAGAUUCCAAGUCUCGACCAUUGAACGCAAGGAAAUCAUGGCUGGAUUUCUUCCAGAUCAAUUUCACGAUUGUCUGGUUGAUUCUGGCAGUUGAGCUCAUCGUUGGUACGGUGCAGCCGGAACCAUAUGUACGCCUCGUCGCCAUGGUCCUUCCCUCCGUAAUGUUCUACUUCGGUGGCGUCUACCUUACCCUCGACAUGCUCCGCGUCUGUGGAUUCAAAGCCCCCUUCCGAAUAUCCUCCACACCAAAGGGCUCCGUGAUGCCCACAGCCCUCUACGUCCUCAUCGAAGAUGUUGUCGCCGUCGACGGAGGCGGCGGCCAGAUGUACCGCUACGCACUGCGCACGCGAUACCUUUCGAGUCCAUACUUCCGGCGCAUGCUCUUCGAAAUGAACAUGUUCUGGGCAGGAGGCUCAAUCGUCUGUGCUGCUGCCAUUACCGCCAUAAUCUUCACGACCUCAAAGCCCGUCGCCUACACCCUGGGCUGGUCCCUCCCCUUCGCUUGGGCCGGCAUCUGGACCCUCAUCACCAUCCCCUGGGUGAAAAGUGAUCUUCGUCGCGAAAAGAAAAACUGGAGGGAGAAUCGCGGGCAAGGAGACGUGCCAACAUACACCGAUAUAGUCGGUGCCCCGUCGGCCCGGACCCGUCUGGAAUCGGUCCAGGACCACCUGCCGAGUUUCUUGCCCUGGGUGCGGGAAAAGCAGUCGUCGCCGACUACUCCGUCUGAUGGUCACUCGAACGUGUAA